GUUGUUGUUGUGAGUGAGUGAGUAACUUACUGAGAGUAUUUCUGUUAAAUGCCAGCCUCGGAUUAGCGGUGUUUUAGUCGGUUCACCGGCAGCAGCGGUAGGUGGUGCAACAUUAACCUCGGAGGAUGGGAGAUGUAGUUGAGCUUCAGAUAACUCCUGAGACUCCAGGAAGGCCAGCCAUUCGCAAUCCAUUCGAGAGUCCUACUGACUACCACCAUCUGCAUGAACCUCUCGUCCCCAGUCCAUCUGUCUUCAAGUGCUCCAGGGCUUCGUCAGUUACGCCAGCCAAGUUCAAAUGGUCCAUCGAUGAAAUGGCGAACCUUCUCCCGGUGCACAUAGACCCAGAGGACAUUCACCGUCAGGCUUUAUAUCUUAGCCAGAACAGGACGGACUCUGAAAUUGAGGAAAAGCGUCAAAAUGCUAUUGAACAGUUUUUUACUAAAGGUGCUAUUGUUCCGUCCCCCUGGGGCCCACCAGCGAGCAAACAGACAGUGCAGCCACACUACGAGAAAAGUCCCUUAUCUCCACUUAUACCAGAGGAGCCUCAGUCUGCAAAGAAAAUCAAUGCAACUUGUCAGACAAUCCUGUCUUUACCUGUGGAUUUUGAUCUUGAAAAAGUAUUAGGCGAUUACUACAGGACAGAGGAGGUUUCGGAGCAGGUGCAGGAGAGCCUCAGCUCGUCUUCUCUGAGGCGGAAGCUGUUUCUGGAUGGACACGGCAGUAGCUCAGAGUCAUCCACACCCUCCAGCCCGGACAGGGAGACCCACAAUGGCAAUGGACAUAUAAUAUCAUCAGUCAUUGUCUCACCACUGAAGUGUGGAAACACAGCUGCCACACCUUCCUCUGGCCAGUUCUCCUCCAGCCCUAUCCAGGACCGGUGUCGGGCUUACAGUCUGGGCAGCGUGGCCAGUCCAAUGUUUCCAGAGCGGUCUUCUCCAGUGUUUCAGUCGCCCACUCUGUCUCCCAUCGUCCUUCAGCAUUCUGUAACUCCUCUAUCAGGUGAGAGGAAGAAGCUAACCUUCCUGACCCCUGAUGGUCUACCUUCAGGUAGCCGAAGCUUGGCUGUAAACUGCUGUGGUGAGAGCCCCUAUGUGGAAGGCUGCUCUCCUAUCCGUAGCUGCUCCCCUCUUCACCCUCAUCCUAGGAACAGAGGCUGUGCCUGGGCCUCACCUGCCCACAUCUCCCCUAUGUACCCAGACCUCCAAGACAAGGAGAACAUCCACCCCAGUGAACCUUUACCCGCUAUGGACCUGGAUGCCUGCUCCCCUGGGCCCCAGCACAAAGGCCUUGAGCCUGGACACUGUGAAAGCCAAGCCUCCCUGCCUGACUUGGAGCAGAUGGAGCAAGGAGAGCCUGCAGAGAAUGACCUUGGUGAUGGACGGUUGGGAAAAGGACAAGAAGAGGCUGAAGACGAAGAAGUUGAAGCCUGUCACUGGACUCCAGAGGAGGACACAGUGUCACCAGUGCGGCUGACCAGCUCCCGAACAGGCAGCGUGUCCAAUGUGGAGAGCACACGGAUGUUUGUGUCUCUGCUGGCUGAAGGGAGCAGUACACCAUAUGAUGUUAGCAUGCAGGUGGAUAGCGGUUAUAACACAUACUCAACGUGCGCUACCAGUCUAAUGGACGCCAUCAGUUCAGACAGCCAGAGCAAGGAGCUGCAGGACACACACACGGCCGAGGAGGUGCUCAGUUACACUAAACACACUAAAUCAAAGCUGGUAAUGCCACACCACUGAUCACGAUGGAUGGAUCAGGGACUUCUUUUUUCCCCUCUAACCUCCCAAAGCUCAGAAGAACACAAAUGUUUACAUUAUACUGUUUUUAUAUCCAGAUCUUGUGCUGUUGUGGUGAAUGAAAGUUAAAUAGUGAAGUUAGCAUUGCUAGCACAUGUGCCUUGAAUCUUUACAUCACGGUAACAGAGCAACACCACUCUUGCCUCAAAGUUAUUAAGGAAUUAUUAUAAACGGAGAAAACUUGAUUUAAAAAUUGUGAC